AUGGCAGAUCAUCAUCAUCAACGGGCCACGCGAGGCCCCUCCGCUCACCAACCCCCGAUCGAUGCUGGCGAACUCACAAAACAGUUCGAGCAGCUACUACGGACGAGACGAUUAAAUACCUUGCAGGCACGAUCCCGAUCCCAAACCGCGUCUCCAGAUCCUUCACCUUUCGCAACCCAAUCGUCCUCCUUCCAGCCGCCCCAGCCAUCGGCUCAUCCUCAACAACCGCCAUCGUAUUCUUCAGUGCGAAGUUUCCCGAUCGUCCCAACUCCCCCGCAAGAUCCCACAUCAAUCAAGUUUCGAAACCUUCUUCAUGUCCUAUCCGUUACUCCAGUAAAAUAUGAAAACCCCGGAUUGCUUGAUGAAGCCCUAGCCCUCAUCCCCUUGGAUCGUCUCUAUGCUGAAGCUGAGGAGGAAUCGCAAAUAUUGCAAGCAGAAGCCGUGAGUAUGGGUGAAAACGUUAAGCCAACAUGGGGUUAUCAAGAUUGUGUCAUUAGGGCGCUGUUAAGAUGGUUCAAGCGGUCCUUCUUCCAAUUCGUCAAUAAUCCUCCCUGCACUACAUGUUAUAGUCCAACGAUCGCUCAGGGCAUGACACCACCCACUCCUGAUGAGACAGCCCGCGGUGCCACUCGCGUCGAGUUGUACCGAUGUUCCGGACCAAACUGUGGUGGUUUCGAACGGUUUCCGCGCUACUCAGACGUCUGGGCGUUAUUACAAUCAAAACGAGGCCGUGUUGGAGAAUGGGCCAAUUGUUUUAGCAUGCUCUGUCGAGCUGUGGGAGGCCGCGUUAGAUGGGUAUGGAACUCGGAAGACUAUGUUUGGACAGAAGUGUACUCCGAGCAUCAGCGACGAUGGGUCCAUGUGGAUGCUUGUGAAGAAUCCUGGGACAAUCCUCGUCUUUAUACUGAAGGCUGGAAUCGGAAAAUGGCGUAUUGUAUCGCGUUCUCAAAUGAUGGGGCGACCGAUGUCACACGAAGAUAUGUUCGCAAUUCUGCGAAGCAUGGCAUGAGUAGAACACGUGCCCCAGAAGAAGUUUUGUUAUGGAUUAUCCAUGAAAUUAGGCGAUUACGAAGGGAGAACCUAUCUAAAGAGGAAAAGCGAAGGUUGAUGAAGGAAGAUGAACGCGAAGAACGCGAGCUGCGCGGCUACAUGGUCCAAGCUCUUACAUCCGAAAUCAACAAUCUGCUCCCGAAUGGCGCUGUGAAUUCUCGGCCAGACGAAAUCAAGAUCCCCAUUACGGCGGCCGAUGGAACCAUCGAAUGGGUCAGCCCCGCCGGUGUGAGAGGGCAACCAGAUUCCGAUAGAGCGCGGGGGGGUCGAUAG